GCCCUGCCCGCUGCGCUUCCCUGCUUGGAGAGAGCGGAGCCUGGGCGGUAGGCAGGGACAAUGGAGGAAAAUGAAAGCCAGAAACUUGAGCUGUGCCUGGCUUGUUCAACAGACAGCAGGCAGAUGAAGGACCAGGCAAAACACAGUUUGCAUUUAACAUCAUUAGAUGAUGCUGAAUGCCUCCGAUCUAAGGAACUGCUUUCAACUCCGAACAGUCACGCUUCUAAUUCCAAAUCCACACGCAACAUCCCUCGAAGACAUACUGUAGGUGGCCCUCGCAGUUCCAAAGAAAUACUGGGAAUGCAAACCUCGGAAAUGGACAGAAAGAGAGAGGCUUUUCUUGAGCAUCUGAAGCAGAAAUAUCCUCAUCAUGCUACGGCAAUAAUGGGACACCAGGAGAGAUUGAGAGAUCAGGUAUGGAAAUCAAAUAUGUAUCUUGCUUUCUAUUAAAGCAUUCUUAUAACUGCUACCUCACUUUGAAUGUGAGGUAGAAAAUUGAAUGUGUUAACCUCACUACAGAAGGUGAGAAUCUAACAAAGAAUUUUGUGUUCAAAGUUGCCUAGGAUUCAGGUUCUCCUUUGAAAUCAAUAGAAACAACAAUAAUAAUCAAACUGUUUAAAAUUACCUUGGAGUUGUUUGUUGAAACUGACAUUUUUGAGGAACUUUUCAUCUUUUUUUAGAAUAUACACAGAGAAAGGAUAAGGUGAGACUCUUGAUCUUAGUAUAUGGAUCUCCAUCUACUUUUUCAUAGCUGAAGGGAAAAUAUGGAACAGCUGUUAACUUUUGUUGUAUUUUCACUAUUGGCACCACUGCCUGGGAGAAAGAAAAAUAUCUCUAGACCAUGUCUGUGUGCUUUAGCCGGCUCUGUUACCCUUUCACUUGCUUUCUUUUCUGCUUUUGAGUCUUUUAAUACAAACAGAUGGAUGUAUCCACAGGUAUCUGCCUUCUCCAAACUGUCUUGAGAUCAACACAAACCUGCCAGUUUUGUACCUUAAGGUGCUUUUCUUCUUGUGUGAUUGCAAGGUCAGCAGGAAAAAGUUGAUUUAGGGUUGGAGACGAUGUGAUGAUACAUUGAUGUAUUUCUCAGAACAGGUGGAGGCUGCUGUCACGCUGACCUGAAUUUAGGGAAUGCCACACAAGGGACUGUUCACUGCGUGGCUCUGGUUUUGAGUGAAAAGUAUAAGUUUAGUUUGCUAAACCUUGCAGACUGUGUUGUAUUCGAAAUACAUUUUUUCAAAACACCAGCAGAAUGUAGACUUCACUGUUAAGUAUCUUGUGCCCAUUAUUCUCAGUUUAAAAAAUGGUUGACAGCAAUCCUGAUGUAAUUUCUUUUUCCAAGUGUUUUGUAGGUAUUUCAGCACUGGCAGCAAAUUAAUUGUAAGUAAGGAAUAAAAACAGGUUGGCAAAGUACUGUACUCUGCUAUGGGAGUGCUUAUGAAUUCCCAGUGUCUUUUGAAGCCUUCCAAGACUUCGGAGAUCAAAGCAGUUGUCACUCAGUACCUCCCCCUUACAACUUCUCUUUGACAGGGUCUCUCAAGAUCCCAGGUGCUAUCACUGCUUCAGUAAGACUGCUAGAAUCCAUGUGUAUCCUGCUAAAAUUGCUGCAAGACUUCAACUCUAAUGAGAGUGAUCUAUUCCUUAUUUUUAAAACAGCUUUCCUGCUUUCUUUUGAAAGUCUGGACUCCCCCACACACUUACCUCUUUCAUGAACUCUAGUGACUGUGUGGAAUGUGCCGGGUGGUGGAUAAAGAUAGCAUACAAAUUAAAUAAAGGGGGUGGGAGCUGAAAUUCAGAGAUUAGAUCUUCUAGAGUCAUGUAAAUAUUUAGUUCCAGUGUUGCAGACACUGCAAACCCAGUUUGAACAGCCUACAGCAUUACACCCUACACAUUUUGUAAUUUGAUCCUUUUCUGAAGGCAAUAAAUUACAGAAGGAAUGCAGUAACUGUUUCUGCUAUUUGUUUAAAAUGUGUCAUCCUUGCUAAUUUAUUGAGGGUAAAAUUAUGUGAAUGUCUCCUGCUUCUAUUUUUUGAUGAUUGGACAUAUAUAUUGUACAGAAGGAGUGUGAAUUUUAAAACAAAAUUUGCAUUAAAAUUACUAUCAGAGCAUUAGAUUACGGUUACUGGGGAUGGGGAAUGCUGAAGACUCCAUACAUUCAGUGUAGUUUUUUUUCUUAACAUUUGUGUCUAAGCAUGCACACCCAUGUAUCUGUGUAUUUUGUUUGUACUUAUGCGUAUAUGCAUCAGAAUAUAUGUCUGUAAAUAUAUGCAUGUAUAAUGCAGGCUUACUUGGCAUCUUUGUGAAAAAGACUAUAAUGUCACUUCGCUUUUAAGAUCGUAUGUGUGUACAGCAUAUGGACUUCCUUUUUCCAUGUGCAUGUAUCUAUGUGCAUAGCAGUGGUGUAGAAAACACGUACUGUACGUGUGUGUAAAUAUGUCACAUACAAAAGUAGUGAGAUGUGUGGGAGGACAGGAGCUGAAAUGUCAUCAUUUAUUUUCUUGGCCAUUUUCCUUUCACCUUGUUUCUCCAGCUGCUCCAGUGUCUGGGAAGUGGCAUCAUUAUCCAUGGUGGGAAUUCCCCCUCUGUGGAAGAUCUAUCAAGGGUAGUAGCCAAUGCAACACCAUUUUCUAAUCUCUGUGUCAAGCAGUACAGCUGGAACAUCAGACAUCCCAAGAUUUGUGGUGCAUAGUGUCAUUUAUCUUCUAGGUUGCUCUAAACUCUGUCAGGUCUGUAGCCAACAAAAAUGGCCCAGAAAAUCAGGAUUGGUAAUUGUUUCUUUUUUGUGAACUUUCCUCUCUGGCCUGUUUCUGAGUAUGACAGAAGGCCCCUGGUUUGCAGCAAGUAAACAUUAGGGGAAGAAAAUGUGUUUGAUGUUGUCAGUUCAUAUAGCAUCACCUCUGUCAGCAAAGUCAGCUCUGAAAUGUUGUCUGUGACUUCUGCUAUGUAUUAAUGAUUUCCUUCAGGCUUUGUUUAUUUGGGUAAAUCCCUCCCUGGAUGUGUGUUCUUGGAACCCGUUUCUACUCAGAUAAUCUGCCACAGAACUGCAGAACAAUAGCGGCCAGGUAAAAUAUCAGUGAGGAUUACUGGUGGUUAGCUAAUGUGGUGACCUGCAGCCUCCAGCUGUGCAGACAGAUCAUCUCUCUUCCACCUCGCAGGUUCACAAUCCUGCAUGUGAUGUCUUAUUUGGGAAGGCAAAGCUCACAAAGACAGGAACUGUCUUUAUUUGUGCUAGGGCCUUGGGAUGUGGCCGCAAGGCAAAUAACCCACAGCUGUGUGGCAGUCAGGGGGUGUGCCCAGUCUUUGCUGUGUCCCUUUGUAAGCCAACCCCAUGGCCAGACACAAAGAUUCCUUCCAUCUGGACAUCUGCAAAACCAAAGAACAAAAUUGUUUUAUUUUUAUAGAUAAUGCAAGUUUCUUCAAUAGCUUUGAAGACGGUGUAUCUACCAGUUCUGUCUGAUCCGUGCUGAUGAAAGCAGGGCACUGACAUAAUCCUCAGGAAGUUAGAAAGAGAAAAAGAAGACAGAGAAAGGUGGAAACUGACCUCCGUGCUCUGAAGUUUGAGCUGCUCUGGAUGAGUCCGGUGUGAUGAGCCCCACACAGCCUGAGAGCAGAGAGCAGAACAAGUGCAAAUGCUGGGCCAGCAGUCCUGCAGAUGGAAAGGAGUUUGCAAUUAAGAGGUUAAAAAUGCUAACCUUGCCAUGGGAGGUGGGUAAUCACUGCAGUGAACCUGUUUUACAAGUCACCUCAGGAAAAAAAAAAA